AUGCUACUGUUUAUCUCUUCGAAAUCUGAGGUGGAUGCAUGCUACCUUGUCCCGGCUUUUUCGGGUCUUUUCUGUCCUUAUUGGCGUGAAGACGCUCGGGGUGCACUGGUCGGUCUGACCAGCUUUAUCGGAAGGACCCACAUUCUACUCGCAGGCCUUCGCGCUUCAGCUUACCAGGUCGAUGAUCUGCUCAGUUCUGUGCAUCAGAUGCAAAAUAAUUCACGUUCUUUCUCGGCUUCACUGGGAGGCUCAUAUUUUUCUGGCUCUGUUGACCGUUUCUGUUCUAUCAUAUCAGCAAAACCUAAGGAGACCGAUAGUUAUUGCAUGGCCCUAGUCCCAGUGGAUUCUGAUGAUGCCUUAGGGCAUCCAGGUCGUAUAACCCAGAUCCUGGUGGACGGGGGCCUGGCAAGCAGCCAGCUAGCGAUGAAGAGUCUAGCUGACAUAACUGGCGUCACUGUGAUACGACCCAGAAACUCCGAUUUAAUUACUUCGAUAGGUGUUGGUGUCUGUACUCUCCUGGCACUGGGAAUGGAUCCAACCGAUUUGCUUAGUCUCCGCGAUACUCUGGACAAGCCAGGCACAUUAGCAACUUCCGGCUAUCGAACUAGUGUCAAAGUCUUCGAGCCCUCCACAACUGUAGAGCAACGCAAGAACUUGCGUGCCGCCUGGAAAGAGGCGGUGAAACGCAGCAUUGGCUGGCGUACCAACGGUGGUCUUGUCGAUCUGGAGUCAGGCAAAUCACCUGAUAAGGUAAUUCCCAGCUUCUGCCCUGUGAUUUUCAAUUUAUAUUUUGCGAUAUCUAAUUUGUUUUAA